AGAGCACACCUUGGCCUUCAACAGCAGUGCAGCAUUAUACGCUCAACAUCUACAUCUACCAUUGGAGCAACGAGAAAACCCGCGAAACACGUCUAGGGCUAUGGAAGGCAGCGAAAAGGCGACGGACGAGCAACGCCGCCAGUCUCCCGAGCAGCAAGCGCACGAGUCCGGGGUGUCCCGGAAGCGGAGGGCCAGCGGCAGCAGAGCCGCUUCUUCCCGACCGGGCACGCGCCGCGGCAGCCGCAGCCGAAGCCGCAGCCGAAGCCGAAGCCGAAGCCGAAGCCCCACUACUCGAGUCGAUUUGCCGGCUGCUGGAACGACGCAGGCUUCCCAUGAAGACGGCAUCCAGCAGCAGCGAAACACGUCUCGGGCUAUGGAAGGCAGCGAAAAGGCGAAGGACGAGGAACGCCGCCAGUCUCCCGAGCAGCAAGCGCACGGGUCCAGGGUGUCCCGGAAGCGGAGGGCCAGCGGUAGCAGAGCCGCUUCUUCCCGAUCGGGCACGCGCCGCGGCAGCCGUAGCCGAAGCCCCGCUGCUCAAGUCGAUUUGCCGGCUGCUGGAACGACGCAGGCUUCCCACGAAGACGGCAUCCAGCAGCAGCAAAACAGGUCUCAGGAAAUGGAAGGAAGCGAAAAGGUGAAAGAGGAGGAACGCCGAGCGUCAGCCGAGCGGCAAGUGCACACAUUGCGGUUGCGCACGGAGCGGAAGGCCAGUGGCAGCAAAGCCGACUCUUCCCGAUUGGACACGCGUAGCAGGAGCCGCAGCCGAAGCCGCGCCGCUCGAGUCGAUUCGCCGGCUGCUCGAACGCCGCACGCUUCCCCCGACGACGGCAUCCAGCACAAGCCAGGAAAGGCCCACGGGCCCGAUCAGGUCCGAUCCAACAAGGAUCACAGCAAGGUUGCUGGUACCAGCCGUGGAAAGCGCGAAAGCCAGUCAUCGACCAUCUUGGAAGGGCCAAACAAGUGGACUCUCAGGGCGGCUUCACUGAGACAGAAGUCCCUCUACAGUACGAGCAUACUGGGCCGGAAGACCACGGAAAGCACAUCUCAGCAAAUCGGAAUACGUCACUGGUGGAGAUGGCUGUGGGGGGAGUCCGAAAACAGGUCCCAUGGAGUCAGUUACCUAAUUCGAAUUUACGAACGCGAGCGUACCGAGAAACUGUGCCGCCUGGUGUACGCCUGCCUUUUCGCCCUUUUCCUGACGCUGUUCGCGUACUUCGUGGCCAGUGCAUUGAGAUCGAGCACCAGCGUGCACUUGCGCACUGAGGUGGGACUCGUCAGCGGCCAGCAGCACUGGGUGCUGGGGAAGAGCGUGUACCACUACCUGGGCCUCCAGUACGCUUCCAAGCCCGCACGGUUUCAGCAUGCCUCUCCAUUGGACCUGCUCCAGCCCAACACUGUCGUUAAGCAGCACCCAAACAUCCGGUGUAUGCAGCCAGUCGGAAAUUGGACAAACGUUACGUGGCCGAAGUCUGCGGAGCUCGUAUACGGACCAGCGUCCAAGACACGGUACAGCGAGGACUGCCUUUACCUCAACGUGUGGAGCCCCGUCCAACCCUGCGACUACACGAGCAGCUCGUGUGCCCCUUCUGCCCCUGUGCUGGUGGUGCUGUUCAGCAAGGGUUUCUUUCAGGGAGGCGCCGACUGGUACGACGGCUCGCUGCUCGCAAGUCUGGGCGGCAUCGUUGUCGUGGCGCCAAAUUUCCGCCUUGGACCCCUAGCUGUACCAUUGAAAGGUGAAGAAAAGGAACUCAAAGAUAUGCCGUUGCUGUCGCUGGCGGACCAGUUGCUCGCGAUAAAGUGGACGUGGCAUAACAUCAAGCAUUUCGGUGGAAACAGCAGCCAUAUAACCUUGCUGGGCGCUGGAGGCGGAGCUUGGACCGUUGGCGAGAUGCUGUUUUCGAAUCGCGAAAGCGUUCGCGACAUCAUCCAGCGUGUCAUCCUUCAUGGGGGUUCACCGCUGCAAAGGUACGCUCCAUUUCGCCCUUACCUCGUGGAGAAGGCGAUGGGAUGCGGGCCAGCGGCCACCGAAUGCCUAGGCAUCGCGGACGCUGCGCUGCUGGCUGACCUCGCCUCGCACCAUCUCCGUGGCCCACCAGCCACAAUUACAAAGGCCGAAGCGAGACCAGGCAGCCGCUUCGAGAUCCUGGUGGGCUACGCGGCUGGUGAAGGAAGAAAGCUGUCUUUCGACCUUUUGCACGACAUCGUCGAGGAUGGUGGCAAUGAAGAUAGCUCCGAAGAAGAGAAGCUUGCAAAACUGGGGGAUUACCUGGGCCUCACGGACCUCGCUGCACCCUAUUUUCAUCUGCGCAAUAACAGUGCCGCUGGCAGCAAUAUUUGGCCGGCCUUCAUGGAAGACCUUCUUGUCCGCUGCCCCAUAGAGCUAUUCGGCCAUCUCUACCACUCCAUGUACGCCACUGUCUACGGAUUUGUUUACGAAGGCGAGUCGGAGUAUCCUUGGAAUGUGGCCGAGACACGGUUUCCGGAUUUGGACCUUCUAUUCGGCGUACCAUUGAUAUCCUCAGACCCUGUGUACCCCGAACACAUGAAGCAAACAAGCCUUAAAUUUAUGAGGGUGUGGUCCACCUUCAUAAAAACAGGGAGGCUGCCGACCUUCAAUGGCUACCCGUGGCCACUCAUGAUUGAGGACUCGCGGUGGACGGCAACCUCAGUCAUCAUCCGGGAUGGCAUGAAGCUGUCCGCUCCCACACGAUUCGUUCAGAAGAGGUGCGAACUGAUCGACGCCAUCCUGAUGAAGGCCGUCAAAGAGCCGGGCAGCGAUUCCAACGACUUCGCCACGGAAACAGACUAACGCUAUUCUGAGCCAGUGCGAAGAAAUAUUUUCUAUAAGUUUAUCAUUUAUUAUCUAGCGGUCUUGCAAUACAACGAGGCAUUAUUCGCGAAGUAUUUCUUCUGAACCCUUUACCUUUCAAUUUUGGGUACAUAAAAUAUUUGGCAUUCAGCAAGUGGGCUGGCGGGGAGUCAUUUGAUAUGCGUUAGGCAGCCAUAUCUUCUAAACAGUCGCAGGUUGUGUGAAUGGUAUCAGAUUUACUCUCGAGUGGUCGCAUGAAGACGAUACGGACAGUGCGGUUUUAUUGAGUGCUUUAGAUAUGUAGCAGUAUAACCGACAACUAACGAAAUGAAAAAUACACACCGAGACGAAUUGAAUAGAGCUUGAUAAGAAAAACAAAUAUGAAUUAAAAAGAUAGGAAACAGUGACGUUUCACAAAAGU